GAGGCAAAUAGGGUAAUGCAGAAGUGUCACACCUGGAAAUGUCACUCAUGUAGCCUACUCAUAAAGUUGUGGGUUUCCCCCAAUGCUCUUCUGCUAUUCCUGAAAAUGGAGAAUGUAGAUCAAACAGCGGGGGACAAUUUGUCUGAAACGCCCUCUAUUGAAGAGUUGGAGGAUAUAUUACAUGGGGGUCAGCUUUCCUGUAACCAUGUCGAUGAAGUGUGGCCUAAUUUGUUUCUAGGGGACAUGUACAUGUCUCAUGACAGAUAUGGCCUAUGGAGACUGGGUAUAACUCAUGUUUUAAAUGCUGCACAUGGUAAAAUGUGUUGCAAAGGAAGUGAUGAUUUUUAUGGGACAACCGUGAAGUACUAUGGUGUUCCGGCCAAUGAUCUGCCUACAUUCGAUAUUUCACCUUUUUUCUACCCUUCAGCACACUACAUUCAUGAUGCUCUCAGCACAACAGGUGCUAAAGUGUUUGUGCAUUGUGCUGUGGGAGUGAGCCGAUCAGCUGCUCUGGUCUUAGCUUACCUAAUGAUAUAUUGCAAUUACUCUCUGGUGGAUGCCAUCUUGAAAGUGAAAGAAAGAAGAUGGAUCUUUCCAAACCGAGGAUUUCUGAAGCAGUUGAUAACGCUCGGCAAUGAAUUAAACUACAAGGCAUAGUCAAAGUAGAUUGAUAUUUUUAAAACAAGUAUUCAGAAAUCUGUAAACUCAAACAUCUACAACAACAAUCAUCAUUAACAUAAUAAUAGUUUCUCGUAUUUAUAAUUACAGCUUGUGUUGUUCUUCUGUUAGCUAUUUGAAUAAAACAAGAAAUAAUUCUAAAGCAAUAAUUAUACUAUACAUGGUCAAUAAAGAUCUUUUUUUGUGUGCAAUAUUUAAUUACUUAAUAUCUCCCAACAUUGGGCACAAAUUAAACUUCAAAGACUUUUUAUAUAUAUAUAUAUAUUAUAUAAUCUUGAGCUGAUCGGUAUGCAAAUGCAAAGCUGAUUGCUACUCUGUUUUCCACUAUGUACAAUACUCCAAAUGUUCACAGAUGUUCUCUCAACACAAUUGUCACUUAUUGUCCCGUUCUCUCGUCAUCGAAUGAAUAAUCCCUCACUUGUGAAACAGAUCACAAUGCCUUACCAUAGAAAUGGAGCAAGCUAGAAUGGCAAUAAGAAACAUAGGCUAUUUCAAAAUACGCGGGGAUUGGCGGCCUAGUCGUCAGGUACGAGGUGUAAAUAAUAGUAAACCUGAUCGCUUUACAAUGUAUUGUCAAAUCAGGGGCUAUUAAAGUUUGCAGUGUAAUUAUU